ACAUACGGAUCGUAUCAUCUGAAUUAAGAAACAACAGGGGCAUUAUUGACAGGGACCAAUCAACCAAUGUUACGAACGCGCACGUGAUUGAUGGAUGGAGCUAACCGCGCGUGCCCGACACCGCUGGUUGUUGUUAGCUACAAACGUAACACAUGCAUGCACCGAUCCAUGGAUGGAGCAAAGCGGCGGCAGCGCCGGAGUAUAAAUCUACCCGCGCUCUGCCUGCCUCGCCAUCACCGGCCGCCGAUCGAGUACGUGCGCACGCAGCUCAUCUACUAGCCUACUUCGGGAGGGCGACAUGACGGAUGUGGAGCUGAGAGUGGAGGCCCUCAGCCUCAGCGGCGUCUCCGCCAUCCCGCCGGAGUACGUCCGCCCGGAGGAGGAGCGCGCCGACCUCGGCGACGCCCUGGAGCUCGCCCGGGCCGCGUCCGACGACGACGCCACCGCCCGCAUCCCCGUCGUCGACAUCUCCGCGUUCGACAACGACGGCGACGGCAGGCACGCGUGCGUGGAGGCGGUGCGCGCGGCGGCGGAGGAGUGGGGCGUCAUACACAUCGCCGGCCACGGCCUCCCGGGCGACGUCCUCGGCCGCCUGCGCGCCGCGGGCGAGGCGUUCUUCGCGCUGCCCAUCGCGGAGAAGGAGGCGUACGCCAACGACCCGGCGGCGGGGCGGCUGCAGGGGUACGGCAGCAAGCUCGCCGCCAACGCCAGCGGGAAGAGGGAGUGGGAGGACUACCUGUUCCACCUCGUCCACCCGGACCACCUCGCCGACCACUCGCUCUGGCCGGCGAACCCGCCGGAGUACGUCCCCGUGUCGCGCGACUUCGGCGGCCGCGUCCGGACCCUCGCAUCCAAGCUGCUCGCCAUCCUCUCCCUCGGCCUCGGCCUGCCGGAAGAGACGCUGGAACGCCGCCUGAGAGGACAUGAGCUGGCCGGCGUCGACGACGACCUGCUCCUUCAGCUCAAGAUCAACUACUACCCGAGGUGCCCGCGGCCUGACCUCGCCGUCGGCGUCGAGGCACACACCGACGUCAGCGCGCUCUCCUUCAUCCUCCACAACGGCGUGCCGGGGCUGCAGGUGCACCACGCCGGGAGCUGGGUCACCGCGCGCCCCGAGCCGGGCACCAUCGUCGUCCACGUCGGCGACGCCCUGGAGAUCCUCACCAACGGCCGGUACACCAGCGUGCUCCACCGCGGCCUCGUCAGCCGCGACGCCGUGCGCCUCUCCUGGGUCGUCUUCUGCGAGCCGCCGCCUGAGUCCGUGCUGCUGCAGCCGGUGCCGGAGCUGCUCGCCGACGGCGCCGACAAGCCGCUCUUCGCGCCGCGCACAUUCAAGCAGCACGUGCAACGCAAGCUGUUCGAGAAGCUCAAGGAUCAGCAAGACAACAAUGCCGCAGCUGCAUCGAACGGAAUGAGAACUAAAUAAUUGCAAUUAGUCGAUCUAUCGGCUAGACAACCCAAUAUUUUGAAAAAUUGAUGGACACACAAAAAAAACUUUUUUAUAUAAGAAUAUGCAUUUGGUUGAUUCAACAUGAAAAAUAUUUUCAAACCAUUAUAUUUUUAAUUGGUUAUGAAUAAACUAUAAAAAUAAUUGCAUUCGUCUGAAUUUCAGAUAAAGGAGAACAAAUAAUGUUCAACGGAAGCGAAAGCCGGGGAAAUGUACGGAUGUUAUAUCGAGAGCUUAACUUAUGAGAUGUCUUAUAUUUUGUUGUCUAUGUAUUGCAGUCGACUUGUACACCGAGUCUUUCCAUCCCUAUUAAGAGCUGGAGCUCAAUAUUAUGAUGGGAUUUGCUAUAAAUGUGUCACCAUAUUUUUCAUAAAAAAUAAUCACCAUGUA